AUGCUCACCAAGGGGACGCAGAAGGAGACAGGGGGGAAGUUCACCACGGCUCCCGUGCCUCUGUUUGUGUACGGAGCAGGACAGGCGGUGUCGGGGUGUGGAGUGCAGCUCGCCUUCCAGGCCAACUUCACCUUCUCCCUCGCCCCUCAAUCCGGCCGUGCUGGAAACAACGGCUUCGCCUUUGUCGUCUCGGCAACGGACCGGGUGGGGAAUGGAUCUGGUGUGGGGUAUGGUGGCAUGGACAGCCGCAGCAUGGCGGUUGAGUUUGACACAAUGCAGGACAAGCAGCAUGGGGACAUGAGCAGCCCGCACGUGGGGCUGAACAUUCAAGGCCAGGUGCAGUCAAUAGCUGCUGUGAAGUCGCCGUUUGAGCUGACCAACAGAAAGGCAUACACGGCAUGGGUGGACUAUGAGCCUGGGGAGCCCGGCACCAUCCAGGUGUUCCUGGCUGCUACCGAGUUGAAGCCAGAGCAGCCACUAUUGGCGAGGAGGCUGGCCCUGUGUGAGGUGCUGCAGGCUGGAGCGGAGCAGCGGGCGUUCUUCUUUGGCUUCGUGGCGUCCACCACUGUGAAGCCGUUCCAGAUGCAUCUCAUCCUCAAGUCAGGAGUUCACACUGCCUUUGGUCUGACUCUCUCUGUGGCGUCAUAUGCGCGAGUGGGAGCCAGUCCCUUUAUGCGCUACAUGAGUGCGGACUACCGAGUGUUGGCCAACCAGCAGAGUGCAUGGCAAGUCUGUGGCUCCUACAACUGGGACUCCAUGCCCUUCCUCGGCUGGCCGGUCAAGAACCAGGACGACUGCAGUGCGAGUUGGGCGUAUGCGGUGGUGGCAAGUGUGGAGGCAGCAUAUGGCAUUGCGCUGAACAGUGAGGCGCCACGGCUGUCAGUGGACUCGCUCUUUGCUGCCAUGGGGCUCACCUCCCUCACUGCAAAGUGCAUGGCAGGCGGCUCUCCUGCUGCGGCCUUUGAAAGGCUUCUCUCUCUGCCCACUGGUGGACUCACGACAGACAGCAAGCCGACCUUCAAGUACCAGGAUCCUGCCUGCUACACUGGCAACCUGGACCAUGCUGUACUCGUUGUUGGGUACCUCCUUUUCACAAAUAACGGCCGCCCGAGCCAAACUGCUCCACCGUUUUGGAUCAUCCGCAACUCGUGGGGAUUGGAGUGGGGAGACAGGGGGCACAUGCGCAUGGGCAUUCAGGGAGGGGAUGGCGUUUGUGGCAUCAACGUGCUGCCUGGCAUCUACCCCAUUGUCAAGAGUGAGGCAUCCACCCAAUUGUCAGGAGUGAAGCUUGCACCACGUUGUCACUAG